AUUGCUUUGAACUUUCGAGAACUUGUGAUACGAUUCUAAUACGAUUUAUUUUUAAUUUAUAUUGUUGAGAUAUCAUUUAGCUUAUUUAAACCGUCUUGCAAAAUUGAAUUGCCUCCAGCAAAGUCUUGCGCAGCUGCAUCAAGUAUCUUUGUUGUCAUUCCUGUAUGGCCACAAUCGGGAGUUGCUCCGUCGGAAGCAAAGAUGGUAGGCGUUUAUUCUUUUAGUGAUAGUUUGUGUGUUUUUUUAAUGUUUUAGCUUAAUUUAAGUGAACUGGUGUCUAAAAUCGCGACAAUAAUGUUUGUGUUUCACAACUGUUUGGAUGUUUAGUCAUCAUAAUAACUGGACAAUACAUUCGAAUAUACUUUGGCAAUAGAAUGGAUGGACAACGUGCUCUGGAAUUGAUGCCUCUCCUUCAAGAGCGAUUGGUGGUGCUGACUGGGGGACGAGAUCGGAGAGGUGGACCCGUCCUAUCUUUUCCAGCCAGCCCAAGGCGGGAUCGCGCUAAGCCUGAAGAUUACCGUCGCCUCUUGCAAUAUCUUAUGUCCAUACCAAAUGACGAUGCCCGUGCUUUGGGUUUCACGGUGCUGGUAGAUAUGCGCGGAGCCACGUGGUCAACAGUGAAGCCAAUACUGAAGGCGCUGCAUGAAAAUUUUCCACCUGGAGUUGUACACCAAGCCCUCAUCGUCAAACCCGACAACUUUUGGCAGAAACAACGGACGUCGUUAGGAACUCAUAAGUACAAAUUCGAGACAAAUAUGAUAAGCAUAGAAGCGUUACCGAAAAUUAUAGACACAUCUCAAGUUACAUCGGAUAUGGACGGGAGUUUGAAUUACGACCAUGCCCAUUGGUUGGAAACCAGAUUAGCAGUGGAGGAGUUCUCUUGGCAGGCUGCCGACAUGUUGGAUCGCCUGGACGACCUGCAAGAGGAUCUAGCAAGGAAUGAUUUCGCCGAAGACGUAAGCGGGGCCAAACAUAAAAUCGAUGUACAUAACGAUAUGAAGAAGAAAAUUAUGAAGGUGCCUAUCGAAGAAUUAGAUAUAUUAGGUCAGAGGUUAUUGCAAAAGGCUGGCGGACCAGAUACAGGGCAGGGUGGAAGGGAUACGAGUAAUUUGAGUCCAGAUGUAGCAGACGUGAAAAAUCUAGUUUUACAAAAUUUAGAUAGUGUUCAUUCAUCGCAGCAGCAUCUUUUACAAUUGUGGCACCAUAAAAAAUUGAAGUUGGAUCAGUGCUUUCAACUCAGACUCUUCGAACAGGAUUGUGAAAAGAUGUUUGACUGGAUCUGCCACAACCGCGAUGUAUUCUUAGUUAAUUACGUCGAAAUAGGCCACACCUACCAGUUGGCCAAGCAAUUCCAAGAGGAACACCAACACUUCACCAUGAGUUCCAUGAACGUUUAUGUCAACAUAAAUCGGAUACUUACUGUGGCCAGUCGGCUCAUAGAGGGCGGUCACUACGCAGCUGCUCACAUAAGAUCGGUGGCUGCUAGAUUGGACAGAACCUGGAAAGACUUCGCUGCUGGACUGGAUGAAAGAACUGCUGUUUUAGCAUUAUCUGUGAUAUUUCAUCACAAGGCCGAGCAAUAUGUCGAAAAUGUGCCAUCUUGGAAAUCUUCGUGUGAGAACAUGAAUAUUCCGUCGGAAAUUCUUGUAUUGGAGAAUUCCAUUCAUCAGCAUCAGAAUUUGUAUGAAUCUAUGUGCCAAGCCUAUACAGAGGUCUACAAUGCUUAUCAGUCAUUAUUGAAUGGUCUCGAUGUGAUGCUGCUGGUGUGCCAUAACUCACCAACUCUAGUAGAAGGAGACUUGGACAUCUCUGCAAAAAUCCCAAACCAGGGCGAUGGGAAGUCAAAUUACGAAAAUCGACCUGGAGGAAAUCCAGCUGCAGACUAUAGUGAGGGUGCCAGUCAUGUUCUUGCUGUUAUCCAUCAAAUCCUCAAUCAUCAUAGAACCUUAGAACAGAAGUGGCAUGCCAAAAAAAUCAAACUGCAUCAGAGAUUGGCUCUGCGGCUGUUCCAAGAGGAUGUGAAACAGGUUUUGGAUUGGCUUUCAAAUCAUGGUGAGGUGUUCAUUAGCAAGAAUACCGGUAUCGGCAGAAAUUUGCAGAAAGCGAGAGUUUACCAGAAGAGCCAUGAACAUUUUGAGAACGUUGCACAGAACACCUACACCAACGCGGACAAGCUAUUGGCCGCGGCCGAGGAGCUCGCCCAUACGGGCGAGUGCGACCCAGACGAGAUCUACUCGGUCGCUCACGAAUUGGAGGCCCAUGUCGCGUCGUUCGCCUCGCGCGUCGAACAGAGACGACGUCGCCUCGAUCUUGCCGUGCUCUUCUACACGCACGAGAAGGAGCUGAGCAAUUGGGUGGACGAACUGAGGCAGGAGCUUCAGGGCGACGAGAGCCCGGCCGAGGGACUAGAGGCGGUCGAAAGGCUGCUUGAGCAGACCUCGCAGCACAGGGAUCAGAGCUUGGACGCGUGCACGUCGACGAUAGCCCAGGGAGAGGCGCUGCUUCAGGAAUUAAGAUCAAUUACUGAUAUGGAUUCAACUGGUUCAGUUUCGGCCGUAGAAGCAGCACUGGAUAGACUCGCGAAGCAGAGAAGUGAUUUGGAAGAAUUAUGGGCAGCAAGAAAACUUAGAUUGGACCUGUGUUUGAGAUUGAGGCUCUUCGAAAGGGACGCUCUCGAAGUGUCAUCUCAGUUAGAAAUGUGGUCCGAAGAACUGCAACACAGCGAACUAACGAGGGACAUCUCGAAAGCGGAGCAAUUCCUCAGAUUGCACAACGAAAGCGUCAGUCAGAUGCAGAACACGGUCUACCAGGUGCUCCAACAGGGUCAAGAUCUUAUACAAGUAUUCGAGAACUCGGGUCUUUGCGUCAUGGCCGACGCUCAGUACAACGCCCAAACGCGCGUUCAAGUCCUUCUCGAGUUCCUGCACGAUCGGGAGAUGGACCUGGAGGACAUGGCCGAGAUGAAGAGGGUGAAACUGGAGCAGUGCAUACAGCUGGGACAGUUCCAGAACGACGCUAACCAGGUCAUCAGCUGGAUCAGAAACGGAGAAAGCAUGCUGAUGGCGAGCUUCACCAUCCCGAACAGCCUGUCGGACGCGGAGCUGUUGAAGAAAGAGCACGAGCAAUUUCAGGUGGCCAUCGAGAAGACCCACACCUCGGCCGUUCAGGUUAAAUACAGGGCGGAUGCGCUGAUCAACGCCAACCAUUACGAUCCGCAGAGUAUCAGGGAGAUAUCGGAGGAGGUGACUAAACGUUGGCAACAACUGGUUAGCUGUGCGGAGGAGAGACACAAGCUGGUGACUGCCAGUCUCAAUUUCUAUAAGACUGCAGAGCAGGUCUGUUCGGUGCUGGAUAGUUUGGAGAGGGAAUACAGGAGGGACGAGGACUGGUGCGCCACCGGACAGAGUUCCGACAAGGCCUCGUCCAUAUCGCAGUUGAUCAAUAAGCACCAGGAGCAGAAAGAGGCUUUUUUGAAAGCGUGUACUUUGGCCAGGCGAACGGGAGAAACUUUCUUGAAGUAUACCACUAGAAGUUUGCAGUUCUAUAACUAUCCUAAUACUGCUGGAAACCACGAGAGUAGAGUUAAAGGUAUAUUAGAGAAGCUGCUAAGCCAAGAAAAUAAAGUCCUAGAGCAUUGGACCCAAAGGAAGAAACGAUUAGAUCAAUGCCAGCAAUUCGUCCUUUUCGAGAGAUCAGCCAAACAAGCUAUCGAAUGGAUCCACGACACUGGCGAGUGCUACCUCACUACUCACACCAUAAAUCUCGGAAAUAACAUAGAAGAGACGGAAAGUCUUCUCAGAGAACAUAACGAGUUCAAGAGUACAGCGAAAGAGACCAAGGAGAGAGUUAAGCUGCUAAUCCAGUUGGCCGAUAGUUUAGUUGAGAAAGGACACGCCCACGCGAGUUCCAUCAAGCAAUGGGUGGCUGCGGUGGAUAACAGGUAUAAGGACUUUAGUUCUCGCAUGGAACAGUAUCGCCAACUUCUGGAAGAUACGCUGGGUAUACAGGGAGGAGAGUGUGAGACUGAAAAAAAAGAAUCUUCAGAUAGAUUUUCGGACCCUAAUCUAGAGUCGAAAGUUAAGGAGGUUGCUUCUAAGGAACUGAAAGAAUUGAACGAAGAGAAGAGAAGAUCUGCUAGGAGAAAAGAAUUCAUAAUGGCCGAGCUUCUUCAAACCGAGAGAAGCUAUGUCAAAGACCUGGAGCUCUGCAUUCGUUGUUUCCUAAACGAGAUGAAAGCCCCGAAUGCAAAUAUCCCUCCUAUCCUUGUCGGUAAAGAGAAUCUCAUUUUUGGCAAUAUCGAAGAAAUAUAUAAUUUUCACAAUAACAUAUUCCUACGAGAACUGGAAAAAUACGAAACCAUGCCAGAAGAUGUGGGCCAUUGUUUUGUCACAUGGGCUCAAAAAUUCGACAUCUAUGUCCAUUAUUGUAGGAACAAACCGGAAUCGAAUAGUUUUUGCGUACAACAUGGUGGACCUUUCUUUGAAGAACUCCAGAAGAAACACAAAGUUGAACAUCCUUUGUCUGCGUAUCUCAUCAAACCUGUGCAGAGGAUUACCAAGUAUCAGCUUCUGCUGAAAGACCUUCAGUCUUGUUGUCAGGAGGGACAGGGUGAAAUAAAGGAUGGAUUGGAGGUAAUGCUCAAUGUACCAAAGAAGGCCAACGACGCCAUGCAUUUAUCGCUUCUUGAAGGCUGUGAUGUUUCAUCGGAUAAAUUGGGUGAAGUAGUAUUGCAGGAUGCUUUCAGUGUAUGGGACCCAAAACAGAUAAUAAGGAAAGGCAGAGAGAGACACAUAUUUUUAUUUGAAUUGUAUCUUUUAUUCACAAAGGAGGUGAAAGAUUCCGCUGGAAAAGUCAAAUAUAUAUACAAGAGCAAACUUAUGAGUUCAGAAUUAGGAGUUACAGAGCAUAUGGAGGGUGACGAAUGCAAGUUUGCCGUUUGGACGGGUAGGGCUCCUAUUUCAGACUAUAGGAUUGUUUUGAGGGCAUCUUCUCUGGAAACUAAACAAUUAUGGGUGAAGAAACUUAGGGAAGUCAUACAGGAAACAUAUUUCAGUGGAGCCUUACCUCUUUCGUUGCCUAAGAGUCCUGCCAAGUUGAAACCACAUAGCCAAAGAUCUAGCAGAGAUUUGGAAGAAUGCAUCUCACUGGACGAAAGCGUAGAGAAUUUGGACAGAAAUUCCCUGACUUCGUUUGGAUCAGGCAAUACCACCGACUCCGAUAAGGCUGGCGUCCUGGAGAUGACCUGGGUGAUGAACGACUUCACGGCGACCUGUCCGCAGGAACUGAGCGUGUCCAAGGGCCAGCAGGUCGAGGUCGUGGAGGUCUGUGCGACGAAGCCGGACUUUUGUCUGGUGAGGAUGCCGACCAGGGGCACGGAGCAGGACUCGACGGUCGUCCCUGAGGGUCUGGUGCCGCUGUCUGUGCUCAAGCAGCCGCCGGCGCCGAGGGGCUCGCCGUCCAGGAGGAUCCUGCCCGAGGGCGAAGCUGAAACAUUCCUCAACGAUAGUGGAGGGGUGGCCAAUACUUCAUCACCGGUAAAUAAGAGAAGAGGAUUCAGUGGACGGAAAUGGUUGCCUCCACCUUUGCGAAAACUAUCACAGGGUAAAGUUGACAAAUCGCAGACAGGUACAGCACUGGAUAGGCCACCACUGAAAAAGAUUGGCUCGGACAAGAGGAUUAAGGUUCCCUCAGAAAUGGGUAAUAAGCCAUCGGUAUCAGAAGGGGAGGAUGAAGAUGAACUGCGACCUCCUUUAUCUAUAAAGAGUGCCAAAUCCCUUGGAUCCGAACUAGCAAACGGUGCCAACACUGGCGACGAUGUUGAUGAAGAUCUUGAACUCCCUCCACCGAUGAAACCCAUCCAGGAACCAAUCUUGGUCACGUCACCACCUCCUGGAGUGCCAGAUAUUGAAGAGAAUCCAUGUAAAAGAGUUUCUAGUCUAACAUUAAAAUCGCUUGAGGGCGCAACUUCUGCUGAUCUAGCUGAAAUAGAACAAAUUGUGAAGGAACGAAUGGAGCAACAUUCGGAGAAUGCCCUAUUUCGUGAUUCCAAAUCGAGUGAGGCCUCUGCAGAACACCCGACAAAACAAGAAGAACUGUCAACUGCGCAAUACUCAUCCAAUGAGGCUUCAGCUUUGGCAUUCAGUGGAGACGAAAGCGAUAAUAAGCCUAUAGAAGACAAUUCGCUGGAUAAUUGCAAAAAAAUCGACAGUUUCUUGAGGAAAAGGGAAUUCGUGUUGAAGGAAUUAGUCGACACAGAGGAAGCUUAUGUUAGAGAUUUGUCAUUGAUAGUAGAUGGAUAUAUGAAAACGAUGAAGGAUUCUGAAUGUGAACUACAAAUGCCUGAAGAUUUGGCAGAGGGAAAGCACAAAAUGGUCUUUGGAAAUAUAGAAGCCAUCUAUGAUUGGCACAAGGACGUAUUCCUUAUAGCAAUAAGAAAAGCUAUUAAAAAUCCGACAGAAUUAGCCCAAUUAUUCAAACGUUACCAAAGGAAGUUACAUAUGUACGUUGUAUAUUGCAAAAACAAACCAGUAUCAGAAUACAUUGUAUCAGAAUACCUUGACACUUACUUCGAAGAACUCAGAGUGAAAUUGGGGCAGAAGUUACAACUUUGUGAUUUGCUCAUCAAACCUGUCCAGAGAAUUAUGAAAUAUCAAUUGAUGCUGAAAGAUAUACUCAAAUAUACAGAAAGAGCUGGGUUAGCAGCCGAAACGGAACAAUUGAAAAUGGCUUAUGAAAUAAUGGUUAUUGUCCCAAAAGAAGCUAAUGAUAUGAUGGAUGUUGGCAGACUGCAGGGUUUUGAUGGUAAAAUAACGGCUCAAGGUAAACUACUUCUUCACGGUACUGUCACUUGUUCCGAUUUGCCAGGAUCAAACAACUCAAAUAUUGGAAAAAAUAAGGAACUUCAAGUUUUUCUAUUCGAACAAAGCAUCAUUUUCUCAGAUAUUGUUGGAAAGAAGACACAAUUCACAAGUCCACAGUAUAUAUACAGAGCUCAUAUCCAGGUCAAUAAAAUGAAUUUAGAAGAGAGGGAGGACUGCUUUGUACUUCAAUCGACAGAUCCUAAUAAAUCAAAUGUAGGUUUUGUAUGUCAAGUACCGUUGGAAGUGCUGGAUCAAUGGGUAACUACAAUCAAAAACAUACUCCAAACGCAAAAAGAUUUCUUGAAGGCUAUUCAGAGUCCUAUAGCUUAUCAAAAGGAACUGACGAAAGAGUUUACAAGUUCGGAUCUAACCACCAUGUGGGAUCCGACUUAUCGAAAGGUAGUGACAAGUAAUUCAUCUUCUGCACCGUCUGGUUCAUCAAGUAAACCGGCACGAAAGACAAUUCAUAAGGCGAAUACUGUCGGAAUACCAGAUCAUAGUGAACUCAAUGACAGUUGUGAUAAAUCUCCAACUCCCACUAAGGCCAGAAGUGGACGGAUAUUUGAAGGCUUUGGAUUCAAGCAUUCGCUCAGAUCCAAGCAUAAAAGUGAACCUUUAAACUUAGAAUCGCCAAAAGACAGUAAGGGUGAAGUGCAUCGAAGGUGGUCAGAGACUAACCAGCCAUCGUCCGACAUAACUUUAAUGUCGCCCGGUAGUCAGGCACGCUUGGUUUGCGAAUGGCCCGAACUGGCACUAGGGGACAUCGUGACCGUAAUCAAGCACGACCAAACCCAGGGUUAUCUCGUAAGGACAAACUCCCACCUGGAAGAGAUAUGGGUUCCGGCCCACGUCCUAUCCGCCUAUAACCGCAGACCCUGGUCCUUCAAGUUCAAGAAACCGGGCCGUAGAUCUCAAGAGAACUCCCUGCAAGAACCCUCGAUCGCCGAAAAUCCUCUACCGGAAUUCAUCGAACCCCUGAGGGACGCCAACGCGCACACCGGCUCCGAGGUCACCCUCAGAUGUCGCAUACGUCACCACGGACGCGCCACCAAGAUAUGCUGGAGGAAGAUGGAACCGGAAGUGGUAGUGUUGCAAACGGCCAAACUGCACACGAGCCAGAGCGAGGAAGGCUUGGCCGUGCUGACAAUCGAGAACGUUAAAAAGACUGAUUCGGGGAAGUACUCGGUGAUUAUUUCCAACGACCACGGCUGCGCGGAAAGCUGCUCCAUUCUGAGCGUGGCCGAGUCGUUCACCCCCCUCCAAGAACCCUCGGUCCAGGUGGUGUCUUGCUCCAGCGUCCACCUGAGGUGGGAAAGUACGGCCUACGAUAAGUUCUACCUGGAAUACUGCAGGUUGGGUUCGGGAGAGUGGCUUCCAAUCAACGGCGGCAGGUUGAUCGAAACGAAAUCCUACACGAUCGAGAAUUUGUCGCCGGGCGAAACGUACAGUUUUAGGAUAAUCGCGGCGCAGAACAAACUGAUAAGUCUGCCCAGCGUGGCGGUAACGCUGCCGGUCGCCGACAAUCUGAGAUGGCAGCAGGAGCAGUUCAAGAGGAGGUACGUGGAGUUGGAAGAGUUGGACAGGGGUAGGUUUUCCGUGGUGAAGAGGGCGAAAGACAGGGGGACGCAGGUCGAGGUGGCGUUGAAGCAGGUGAUAAGAAGGAAACAGUCUCAUAAUAUAACGCAAGCGGAGUACUCUCUAUUGGCCGGAAUCCAACAUGGCAAUAUUAUAAGGGGUUUAGCCCUGUUCGACAACGCUCCCCAUCCGGGGAUAGAUACUAUAGUAUUAGAAUUAGUGAAAGGUCCAUACCUUUUCACCUACCUAGCGGAAAAAGACAAUUACUGUGAAAGUGAAGCAAAAAGUUAUGCGAAACAAAUGAUUGCUGCCUUAUCCUGGUUGCAUAAGAAGGAUAUAUCGCAUUUAGACAUUAAGCCGGAAAAUGUACUUAUCGAUGUCUCCAUUCCCACACACGUACUGAAACUGAUAGACUUUGGCGACUCGGUUAAUAUACAGAAAAACGUGAUCCUACCUCCGGCUUGUCUGGAAUUUGCCUCGCCGGAAUUAGUCCUAGGCCAACCAGUUGGAAAACAUACCGAUUUUUGGGCGGUUGGCGUCUUUCUCUACGUCCUACUCAGUGGCGUUUCGCCGUUUCUUGACGAUUCCAUGGAAGAAACGACAGCCAAUAUUCUGAAAUGCGACUACUGUUAUCCGGAAGAAUAUUUCGAUCGCAUUUCCGACGCAGCGAAAGAACUCAUUGGGAAAUUGCUGGUACUGGUCCCCGCACAAAGACUGUCUAUGGAAGACGCCUUGAAUAUUUCUUGGAUCGUCGAGGACGGCCCUACCAUAACUAUUCCAUCUUUGAAUCUGAGAACAUUCAUGCAACGAAGACAUCCUACAAAUGUUUCUGCAUCACCUACUAGUCCACAGCCGAAGCCCCACAAUUUGUUUUAAGCAUUCGAACCCACCGUAGAUAUUGUUUUAUUUGAAAUUUAGUUUUACGAGACUUUUUAGAGUAAUUAAAGCAUGUGAUAUUGUUUUUAAAUUUGUUAAUCUUCCUCUUAGCAUCUUAAGUACAUUGUGUAAGUAAUGGAAUGAUUUUAUCGUAUGUAACUUAUGUAAUUUUAAUACUUUUUUCAAAUAUUUAAAAGAUAUUAGGUUUUAAAAAGAGUGAUUGUUAUUUAUUCAAUAAAGAUUUCAGAGAA